AUGCACAAGGAUCUCUCUUUCAGCUCACGAUGGAUACGGAAUCUAUCGAGAACGACCCCUCCACGCCUUCGUAUGAGUGGGAAUCGUUCUUAUGGGAGAACCAGAGUGCCUCAACUUACGCCCACACCUGAAGAGCACACUUCUAUCGGUCUAUUUCGUGAGCAAUCUUUUGAGCGCAAGAAACCUGUCGUCUUUGGAAAACAUCUUGGAUCCCCAACAUCUCUUCUACCAGCCUUGAAUAAAUGGUUCACCAAAGACCUUGGAUACAACUCGACAACACUGUCAGAACAUUUCGCUCAAUUUCACAAUGUCAUGGUUCCAUAUGAAAUCUACGCUUCGACCCCUGCACAGAAAAACAGCCUAGCGUUAUUUCGACGCCAUCUCGGGAAAGAAGAGACACAGGAUAUUAUCAUAGCAAGGAGUUGGGACUUAUGCUUUGCAGAUUCCAUAAACGAUCAGGAUUUCUUUCAACUCCACGCCCCCCUCCAGCUCUUCAAUAAGGUAUUGGAGUUUAACGAUGUUCUUGACGGUCGAGGCCUUCAAAGGAUCGUCCUAUACAUUGCUCAGUGUUCGAUCACAGAUUUACCUCAAGCCCUCCAGGAAGAUAUUCCUACUCCGGAAAUCGUCAAGCACACUGGAAAGGGAGACAUAUAUGACUCUAGCAUAUGGCUUGGCAUAACACCUACCUAUACGCCUUUACAUCGCGACCCCAACCCUAACCUGUUCUGUCAGCUAUCCGGUACUAAAGUGGUCAGACUCAUGGCACCAAGGGAAGGAGACUGGUUGUUCAGGAAAGUUCAGGCCGAACUGCAGAGGUCGGGCAAUAGCCGUAUAAGGACGGAUGAGAUGAUGCAGGGCGAGGAACGAGACAAGUUGCAUCAGGCUGUUUGGGAAGCUGAUGCCAAUGAACCCGUACCAUCAGGGACCUAUGAGGCAAUUCUCAGCCCUGGAGACGCUAUGUUCAUUCCUACCCAUUAUUGGCAUUCUGUCAAGAGUGUGGGUGAAAGUGGACAAUUAAAUGCCUCUGUCAACUGGUGGUUUCGGUAG